AAAACACAGUAACCCAUGUUUUUCACUAAUUGAUAUGUUUACAGAAGCAAAUUUGUGCAAUAUUUAAAUUUAGGUGAACAAUGGAAAAGAGGUUCAUAAAAAAGCCACAAACCAACUAAGAGAAAGAAGGUGAAAAUGAAACCACUUCCUCUCGUGUCACAUUUCAGUGCAGGCCCCUUAAAACACAAUAAAAAAUGUUUUGAAAAAAGAGAUUUACUUUGGUUGUAUGUACUUAUAGCUGAAUUUAUCACAGUUGGUGGAAAAUGUGCAAGUAACACUAUAAAGUCUUGUUGAUUAUGUUCUUACUUCAUAAAAUAGUAUCAGUAUUCACUGAUUAGGCAAACAAACCACACAGUUAUUUUAAGUGCAUUCAGAUGGCUCAGAUUUGACAGAUUUUUUAAUAAUAGUGUUUUUACAUUAUCAAGGUUACAAGCAGAAGAAAAAUAUUAUUGGGGGAAAGUGUUGAGUUGGAAAAAAAUACUCACAAGUGGUUGCAUUCAAACAUAAAGCAAGUGUGAAAUGACACCAUUUGCUGACGAUCACAUCUCGCACUCAACCCUGUCUAAACCGUCACAGUGUAAAGUUCACACUACAAUGAGCAAAACACUUAAAACGUGCUUUAAAUUGUAUUUUAAAGUGGGAUUAUUCAAGGAACAUGCAUGUUUGUGUUGAAAUGUAAAAUCUGAAGCAAAUAGUGAUCAGACAUAUUGUCAAGGCUGAGUUAUUUUUAUAUAUUUUUUUCUUUUGACUUUGUGUCGAGUGUUUUUAUUAAAGCUGUGAUCUGGUUGAAUGAAUGAGUUCUUGUGAGUGUGGCUAUGAAGCUAUUUUAGUAUAUCAAUAUCCAGAAGAGAAGAAGUUUUGAAAAAUGUGGAAAUACAAAUGAGCAAUUUGGAUAUUUUAUAUAUAAAAGACAAAAGCACAUUUAAAAAAGAUUUGAAGGUUUUAACUUUUUUUUAGUAAAUAUGAAGCCACUGGAGUUAAACAGAAACCUGAUGGGGUCUGAGCUUUCAAUACAGCUCGAAAGCCAACUAGAUGAAUGUGGUUUGUUCUGGAGGCAGGACAAAGCCAACCUCAUAAUGUGUCUAUUAAUAGAUGUGUGUGAUUGGUUUGCAUGUGAAGGAUAAUCUAUCCAGCAUAAAAUUAAUUCUGUUGUAAACAAAAACAGCUUUACAGUCAAAUAUAGGCUUGUUUAAUAAAGGAUGUUUAAUAAAGUUCAAAGGUAAAUAAAUAUAUGCCCACGCUUUAAAAAUGCAGAGUUGGUUUAAUCUGUAAUUUUGGGUACCGAAACCAACAGACAAACCAACAGUUGGAAUAAAAGCUACAAAUAUUUUAAAAAUAAAUAUGUUGUAUUUUAUGAAAUAAUUUCCCAAAUUUGAUAAACCCAGCUUUUUUCGAGUGUAUUUGUUCAAUCAAGACUAUCUAAUUUCCCUAUUUGAAAUGUAUGCUAAAUUACUAUUAUAUACUCCCAAUAUAAACAUUUAGUUAGUCAAAUAAUAAAGAGAAUAAAGAAAAUAAAAGAAUAAUAUAAAAAAAUUCACAACAUUUAAAGUUUAGGGUGCAUACAUCUUUUCUUACAAUACUAUAAGACAUGCAAACACAGAUCUCAGUUAUAGUAUUUUAAUCUAAAUACGAAAGUGAAAAUGCGUACAACUUAGGAGUUAAAUUGUGUUUUCUUCAAGUAGAAAAAAGGAAAGAAAGAAAGACUAACCAUGCAAUAGUUAUACAAAGAAAGGAGAAAAAAAACGGAUAUGCGCUUGUGCGCGUUCACGCGACAGUAUCCUGUCAAUGAAUCAGAAGCGACGUCUGUUUAUACAGAGCUGCUGACGAAAAUGAGGUUCGUUUUAAUUUUAUUGCGUUUACGGCUGUGGCAUUUGGAUGGUGUGUUUGGUGCUGAUGAAGAUGAAAUGAAGACUUUGUCUGUAACGGAGGGGGAUUCAGUCAUUCUACACACUGGUGUUGCUGAAAUGAGAAAUAUUACGGUGUUACAGUGGAUGUUUGGACCUGAAAACCCAGAUAUUAUUAUUGCUGAACUCAACCGAGAGGCGAUGAUUAAUAAUGUUUCUGAUGAGAGAUUUAGAGACAGAGUGAAGAUGGACAAUCAGACAGGAUCUCUGACCUUCACAAACAUCAGAAGCACAGACACUGGACUUUAUAAAGUAGAAAUCAGCACAAAUCCAGAAGCAGACAAAAUGUUCCGAGUUACUGUCUGUGCUUUUCUGUCUGCUCCUGUCAUCAUCAGAAACACUUCUAAAUGCUCUUCAUCUGAAGGUCCAUCAGUCUCUCACUGUGCGCUGCUGUGUUCAGUGGUGAAUGUGAGUGCUGUGAGUCUCUCCUGGUACAAAGGAAACAGUUUAAUCUCCAGCAUCAGUGUGUUUAAUGUCAGCAUCCGUCUCUCUUUACCUCUGGAGCUGCAAUAUGAGGAUAACAACACCUACAGCUGUGUGAUCAACAACACUAUCAGCAACAAGACUGAACACCUGGACAUCAGACAACAUUGUCAGCCAUGUGCAGGCCAGGGUCCUGAAGAAGAGAUAACCUAUGCUGAGCCAACGUUCUGUAAAAGGAAUGCUCUAAUAAUGAGAGUUAAACAAGAAGAUGAUUUGGUGUAUGCAGGAAUUGUGAGAUGAUCGCAUUCUGAUUCCUCAUUACAUUUUUUAUUUGAACAGUUUCUCUUUUUUUGACAAUUGUGACUGUCUUUUUAUUUCUGGAAGCUUUGAAAUUGUUGCUGUUGGAUUAUGGCAGUAAUUCAAGCUUUAAAAUGACUGCUUUUGUUUAAAAUAUACAGUAUCAGUGUCACUUGACCAGAUCAGUUUACACUGUGUCUAAUUUAAAAUUGUUAACAAUUGAAUUACAGAGCAAUUCUG